UCCGGCGAGGAUGUGCGCUGACGUCACCGCCGUGUUGAUUUGCUAAGCGGCGAGCAGAGAGGAGUUAGUGCGUGUGAGAGAGAGCGGGUACUGUGAACUGCGUUACUAUGCUACAGUCCUAAUAACCGCACGCUCGGAAGCCAAACGUGCAAGACAGAUUGACCUUAUCUUGUUUACAAAGAUAACUGAACAGACUGCUACGUGGAAAGAAAGACUCAUGAGUUGGCCGUGUGGAUUUCAGAGACGUUAUGGAUUUGACUAAAAUGGGUAUGAUCCAGCUCCAGAACCCCAAUCACCCCAAUGCCCUGCUGCACAAGGCUAAUCAGAUGCGCCUGGCCGGCACGCUGUGCGACGUGGUCAUCAUGGUGGACAGCCAGGAGUUCCACGCUCACAGGACCGUGCUGGCCUGCACCAGUAAGAUGUUCGAGAUCCUAUUUCACCGGAACAGCCAACAUUACACUCUCGAUUUUCUCUCACCAAAGACCUUCCAGCAGAUUCUGGAGUAUGCCUACACUGCCACGCUCCAAGCUAAAGUAGAAGAUCUGGAUGACCUGCUGUACGCAGCAGAGAUUUUAGAAAUAGAAUACUUAGAGGAGCAAUGCCUGAAGAUACUGGAGACCAUCCAGUCCUCGGAUGAAAACGACACGGAGGUCAACAUGAACGACGGAGGCGCGGAAGACGACGACGAGCGCAAGGGACGACAUGGCAGGAACCCGAAAAAGCAUUCCGUGGAGGAGGGCAGCUACGUGGCAGCUGCCCAGCAAGCACUGACGCUGUCAGGAAUGGUGGAUCAGAGUCCUUCCGUCUCCACCUCCUUCGGCCUCUCCACUAUGAGCCCAACCAAAGCAGCCGUGGACAGCCUGAUGAGCAUCGGCCAGUCCCUCCUGCAGAGCACCAUGCACCCCGGUGCGGGUGCCGAACAGCCCUUGCAUGGCAACUCCCACCCCAUGAUGGGAGAGAUCAAGACGGAGAUGAUGCAAGUAGAUGAGAGCGGAGAACACGAGAGCCCUAAAGCCAUGGAAUCCAGCGCCUCCAGCAACGGCGAGCGCAGCGGAGAACCUGAUAAGAACCGUGAUGGGCCCGGCACCCCUACCAGGAGCAGCGUGAUCACCAGUGCCCGUGAACUGCACUACGUCAGGGAGGAAGGUGUGGGCGACCAGCAGGUGGAGGUCAACCAGAUGGGUCUGGAGGCAAUGGCGGGGAUGACCGAAAAACACUUGGCGUCACUCUACGGCAUUCCUCCCAACCACAAGAAUGAAGCGAUGCUCUCUAUGCCCGCCUCCAUGGCCUCAUCCUUGCACAUGUCCCCAGCCUUGGCCAUGUCCAUGGACUUUAGUGCCUAUGGGAGCUUGCUGCCUCAGAGCUUCAUCCAGAGGGAGUUCUUCAACAAGCUCGGUGAGCUAGCUGCUGGGAUGAAGCCCGACGGCCGCAGCCCGAACGAGCGCUGCAACGUGUGCGGCGCCGAACUGCCUGACAAUGAGGCCGUAGAGCAACACAGGAAGCUGCACAGCGGAAUGAAGACCUACGGAUGCGAGCUUUGUGGAAAACGCUUCCUAGACAGUCUGCGCCUAAGGAUGCACUUGCUGUCUCAUUCAGCUGGUGAGAAAGCCAUCGUCUGUGACCAGUGUGGAGCUCAGUUCCAGAAAGAAGAUGCUCUGGAGGCUCACCGGCAGAUCCACACAGGAUCAGAUAUGGCUAUCUUCUGUUUGCUGUGCGGGAAGCGCUUCCAAACGCAGACGGCUCUGCAGCAGCACAUGGAGGUCCACGCAGGCGUGCGCAGCUACAUCUGCAGCGAGUGCAACCGCACAUUUCCCAGCCACACCGCACUCAAGCGCCAUCUCCGUUCGCAUACAGGUGACCAUCCAUUUGAGUGCGAGUUCUGCGGCAGCUGCUUCCGAGACGAGAGCACGCUGAAGGGACACAAGCGCAUCCACACCGGAGAGAAACCCUAUGAAUGUAACGGCUGCGGCAAGAAGUUCAGCCUCAAACACCAGCUAGAGACCCACUACCGUGUCCAUACAGGUGAGAAGCCGUUUGAGUGCAAGCUCUGCCACCAGCGCUCCAGGGACUACUCGGCCAUGAUCAAACACCUGCGCACCCACAACGGAGCCUCACCGUACCAGUGCACCAUCUGCCUGGAAUACUGCCCCAGCCUCUCCGCCAUGCAGAAGCACAUGAAGGGCCACAAGCCCGAAGACAUCCCCCCAGACUGGAGGAUAGAGAAGACUUACCUGUACCUCUGCUACGUCUGAAGGAGGGAGACGGCGGGGAGGGAGGGGAAGCGGGAGGGGCGAGGGGUUAAAGCGCCUGGAAACUCAGUCAGGAAAUGGACGGAUUUGUCGGAGGGGCUGGGCAAGGUGGAAUGGGAACGGACAGGAACUUAAAAGGCAGAAAUCUUACCCCGUCAGUAUCGAAAAACAAAAAAAAAUUACCGUAUAUCUGUUCGCAGCACGGAUCAUAUGGAAAGUCCACUCUACACGUCAGCUUACAUCCCGAACGUCUUACAUCAGUCAAACGACACACACAGGACGCCCUCUUCUGGUACAAAAAUAGUAGUGUGAACACAAUGAGAUACGUGCCAGUCAGGUACUCCACAGCAAAUACGAACCGUCAUGUUCAUCAGGGUCAUUACUGCAAACUGGGACGUAAGCUUCCUGCAAAACAUGUUCAAGACGCCCGGCUUGACAGUCAGUGUGUAGAUCCCUCCCAUAUGAUUCACGUUCAUUAAGGGCUUAUUGGUUUAACCAGCGUACAAAUCAGCUAAGCUCUCAGUACUCUGCUCAUCAAUGUCAUUUCACUUCUUUUUUUUUUCUCUCUCGGCGUAGCUUCGUAGCGCAUAUUACAAGCUAACUUCACGACGACAGUUUCUGUUUGAUGCUGAUUUCUCAAGCGCCACAUUUCGAGUUUAUUUUAAGCAGAAUAAAGCUGUUCACCUUAUCUCCUCGUUCACUUAUCAAGUCUGAAAAUCGCUUAAGCGUUACUUGGCAAUACAUACAGAACAUCCAUUACACACUAGACAUCUAAUCAACUGUUUAUGCUGUUGUUAUAGAGACCAAAAUGAUGACUAAAGCUGCUUUUGUCAGUGGCUUGCAGACUGAGCGGCACUGUGACGUACAGGGCUCGUCCGCACAUAUCCGCGUGUUCGUAGGUGGUCGCGAGGCUUGGCCUGUCCAGCCGGAGACGCUGGCUUGAAUGAACAGAGCAGAUCAACUCUUUUGGUUUGGUUCCUUUUGCUUUGUCUGUGUUUCCUAUUGUACCUUGAUUUACUUCAGCACAUCGUACUUGAAUUACCUCGUUUUUUUUUGUGACCUCAUGUGCUAGUGUUUUAAUUUUUUCCUUUGUUUCUUUGUAUAUUUGAUCGUUUGCUUUGCGUUUGUCUUGCGAGCAGGGGAGAUCUGAAGUACUUAAGAAAUUAAGUGCCAUGGUGAAGAGAGAUUAUCGUCUUUCGUUCGACGUUUUUGUUUUUCCUUGCAUUAAUCUUACCAAACUUGGUAUUAUGUUUUUGUUUUACUAACCCUGCUUGUUGAAGAGCUUGUGGGUUUGGUCGUUUUUGUAAGCUACCUCUAAGUUUUGUUUUGUUGCGUUUCGUUCGCGAAAGCACAUUGUGUUGCGUUUUGCAUUAUUGCAACUUCAUCUCACGCUUUCAAGUGUUGUAUGUCGGAAGCGACGAAUAUGAAAGGGUAAGGUUUGGUUAUAGGAAAAGUGGGUUGAAAAAAAAUAAUCAGAACUUUCCCUGUCAGUCCCCCCACCCCUGUAAAUGUUACCUUAAGAGCAGAAAAGAGAUUUCUGAAGCCUUAAGUUCGGGGUCGGAGUUGAUCUGGGAGGUGCGUAUGGAACAAGUGAAGUGUAGUCUGAAAAGAUAAAAAAAAACGUUAAACUUGAAAAUAUGUGAAUAGAAUUGUAGUUUUGUAAUGUGAAAAAAGAGGUUCACAGAGUGUGAGCCAGCAAGAACAGGUCAUAUGCAGCAGUGCAUUGUGCGUUGGACAAUUGGGACUGCAAGUGGUAAUCAAAGACGAAAGGAAGAAAAUAAAAAAAAAAAUUAAAAUCCUGUCAGUUGACAUGUUUCUUUGUAUGAGUGUAGUCCUGAGCAAGAGCCAACAGAGGCCAUUUGAUAUAUAAAAUUGUGAUAUUUUUGUAUUAAGUGUCAGUCCCUUUUUUCCAUUUGUUGAGGUUGCAGCGGGGCAAAACUUUGUAGUUCUUUUUUUAUAUCAUUAUUCUCUCGUUUGAAUCGUUUGCCUUGCUCCUCUUCGGUAAUGUUGGACAGUGCGUGAUCCUAUAGUGGUAAAUGUUGCUUUCUGGAUGUCAAUACAUUGCAGGUGAAGGACUAAAUCAGCCACAUUCUCCUUUGUGAAAAAAAAAAAAAAAAAAAAAAAACACGACGUGAUGCCAAUGAUCAAUUCCAUUGCACACAAUAUCUCUAACAAAACAAUCAAUGUUGCCAACGUUUUGUUUUUUACUUGAAGUGACAAAAAAAAAAGAAGGGAUGGGAAGACGCGUCAGAGGAAACGUAAUUGUCGUAUGUCUUGCCGUUGUUUUCUGGAAAACACUGUGAGUUUGGGCAUACUGCCCCCUGUGAGAAUUUAAAAACGUAGCUCCAUUUAAAAAAAAAAAAAAGGCAGAAAUAUAUAUUUUGUUCUGUAAAUGGAUAAUGUCGACUGAUGUUAAAUGGGUAAAGUUUUGCAAUUAAUAUGUGGCAACCAUACGAGAUAUUAAGUCACAUGUUAGUGUAACUUUUUGAUUUUGUACUUUGCUUUGAGUGUUUUCACAUACAGUAGAGCGUGUGUGUGUUUGAGACCGAACGCGUGUGCGUGUGUGCGAGCGUGAGAGCACGUUAGUGUCAAAUGCACUAAUUUGAAAGUCAUAUUCUAUGCCACUUUUUCUCUCACCGUGAUUAAAAAAUAUUGGCAUUGAUAUAGUUCUUCCCUCAAUGUUCUUCUGAUGUUUCUGUAAUAUCUUUGUGCCUAAAUGAAAUUGUUCAACAAAUUGUCCACAUAUAUCUGCUUAGUUUCUGUAUUUUCAAGAAAUUAUUGGUGUCUUCAGGGCUCCAGGGGUGCCAUGAUGAUCUCAGAUCAGAUUUCUGUUGUUGUUGAUGAAAUAAUGAUCAUUUGGUCUAUUUUCAGCGGUUCCGCUGGCGACCGAUCAGUAUUGUAGUGUUUUAUACACAUUUUUUCGAAUAAGACAAGCCAAACAUUCCUUGGAUUGGAAUAUGUGCGUUUUUCACUUCGAGGGGGAAAAAAAAAAUAAUGUUUGAGAAUCAAACUUGCGUUCUUUUUUUUUAGUCUCAGCAACAGGUUUGCUGAUUAAACUUUCGACGACGUCCCUUUAACAUUCGACGGGUUGUUGAUGCAUGCGUACUGCUGCCCCUACUAGUGUUUAUUUGUUGUUUAAAGUACUUAUGUUAAAGCCACGCGUCAUCAUUGCAUCCCUGGAGUUGGCUCACUGUGUUCCAGUGUGGUGUUUUAGAAAGAGUAGCCAUUUCAUGCUGUGUUGCCAUGCAUGUGCCAUUGAGGUCAAAACUAAACUGUUUGAGUAACAAAGCACCAAGACGUUGUCUUUUUUUAUAUUAGCACUGAGGACCAAUUGCCCUGUCGGACCAAGCAUAACAAAGCUUUUUAUGUAACAAAGCAGUUUCUCUCUUCCCCCUCUCUCUACUGUAUCCGCUUAUCUGUAUUUUUUUUCCUCCCUUGUGACAGCACAAGUGCCAGUCCUGUUGCUCUUUAAGAAUAUAGUGUUUUGUUUCUGGGUUUUUGUUUGUUUGUUCUAUUAUUAUUAUUUGAAUUGUUAUAGUUACGUCUACCUCAGCACCUAAUCUUAGCCUAAUCUUAGAAGGUGCCCAAUUUUUUUUGUUGUUUUCUUUCAGUUUGUUGUCAAUUGUACAAAUUUUAAUUUGCAUUAGAGCUUUGCAACGGUCCUUUGUCUUUUCCAGCAACAUGCUAUUUUUUGUAGCACUACUUUCUGGAUGUCGUGCUACAGAUAUUGGCAUCAGUUUCCUGAUGUAGUCUUUCUUUCGGUGUAGGAUCAGACACAUCUCUUUGUAACAUUUCAGUGUUCUCUGAUGGAGUGUGAAAAAAAUAAAGAAUUUAAAGAGA